AUGGAGCAAGAAAAGAAGAAUAAAGUUGAAAUAUUAUUCAAAGCUGUUGGUGAUGCACCGAUUAUGAAACAACCGAAAUGGUCGGUAGAUGAAGACAAAACUAUUGCUUGGUUGGCAUCGUUCAUUCGUCAAUAUCUUAAGCUGAAUUCGACGGAGAAUUUGUUCUUCUUUAUCAAUCAGACAUUCGCUCCAUCCUUAGAUCAGACGGUCUCCAAUUUAAAAGAAUGCUAUGCUGUCGGUGAAUCGCGGCUGGUUAUGCAUUACAGUUUAGUUUAUGCGUGGGGCUGA